AUGGAUGCCUAUUCUAGCUCCUUCCGAGUUAGCGCCAUCCAGCAAGCACGCUACAUAUCAACAAAGUCGACAACCCACAACUUGCAGCAAGAUGCAAAGGAAAUACAGAUUGGAGCCUCAUCCGCAGUCAUGUCAUACGACGGCGCCAUGUCAGAAAUUACUCACAAGAAUCGUCUGGUGUCACCUUUUCUCCGUCUACCAGCCGAGGUCCGCAACACAAUCUACAACUACAUUGGCACAUGUACAAUCAUUGGCGUCGACGUUUGGACACAAGACAACACCACCGAUCCGAAUCGGCGGACGCUUAAACUCAAAUUUUGCCUUCCAGACUUACUUGCAACGUGCCAACAAAUCCGACACGAGGCAAAGACACUGGUCUGCAAGCUCAUGACGGUCGACACAAACGUAGCGAGCGCUUUUGGUUGGCUCCAUUCACAUUGCGACCACGACUUGUGCAAGCUCGUCACUUGUUUGAAGGUUCCGAGAGACUUUGCUGCAUCGAUUGCAAGAGAUGCUAGAGCCCACGCAUCGAGGCUCGAAUACCCCGCCUCUCGUGCUACCGUCUCCCUUCCCAGCUUGGAUAAGAUAGUCGUCAAGGGCAGAAUGUCGACGCACAAUCGUGUUAAAGCGGCACUGAGGAGAUGGGCUAGGAACGAGUCUCUGGAGGUCGUCUUUGAAGAAGGAGGCCAAGGUCCGUCGGAGCUUGUCUGUCUUCCUUGA